CGGACCUGCCGGAGAAGCACUGGAUUUUCUAGUUCUCUUUGCAGAAGAAUGAAGCCUCUGCUUGGAACAUUUUAUCUCUUGGGGAUGCUGGUUCCUGGGGGGCUGGGAUAUGAUAGAUUCCCAGCCCAACACAGACAAGAAGUCGUGGAUAAGGUCGUGAGUCCCUGGAGAAUCCUGGAGACUUAUUCCUAUGACAGAUACCACCCCAUGGGGGAGAUCUAUCAGUGGAUGAGUCAGAUAAGGGAGAAUUACCCGGAAGUGGUGACACAGCAUUUCCUAGGAAUGACCUAUGAGAGCCGGCCCAUGUAUUAUUUGAAGAUCAGCCAACCAUCCAAUAACCCCAAGAAGAUUCUCUGGAUGGACUGCGGAAUUCAUGCCAGGGAAUGGAUUGCGCCUGCUUUCUGCCAGUGGUUUGUGAAAGAAAUUCUACAAAACUAUAAAGACAACUCAAGGAUAAGAAGGCUCCUUAAGAACCUGGACUUCUAUGUUCUUCCAGUUCUUAACAUAGAUGGUUACGUCUACACUUGGACAACUGAUCGGCUUUGGAGGAAAUCCCGUUCACCUCAUGAUAAUGGCACGUGUUUUGGGACAGAUCUCAAUCGAAAUUUCAAUGCAUCCUGGUGCAGUGUCGGCGCAUCUCACAACUGCCAAGAUUUGACAUUCUGCGGGACGGGACCCGAGUCCGAACCAGAGACUAAAGCUGUGUCCAGCUUCAUCGAGAGCAGGAAGGAGAACAUUGCCUGCUUCCUGACCAUGCACUCUUACGGGCAGCUCAUCCUCUUGCCUUAUGGCUACACCAAAAAUAAAUCAAGUAACCAUGAAGAACUGCUCCAAGUUGGACAGAAGGCAGCAAAUGCAUUGAAAGCAAAGCAUGGAACCAAUUAUAGAGUUGGAUCAAGUGCAGAUAUUUUAUAUGCCUCCUCCGGGUCUUCAAGAGACUGGGCCCGGGACAUCGGGAUCCCCUUCUCAUACACAUUUGAGCUGAGGGACAAUGGGACCUAUGGAUUUGUCCUGCCAGAGGCUCAGAUCCAGGCCACCUGUGAGGAAACCAUGGAGGCUGUGCUUUCAGUCCUGGAUGAUGUAUACGAGAAAUACUGGUCCGCAAGCAAGGCUGAAAAGGUGACGACUACUGCUGUGGUGCUGAGCUUGCUAAUGUCCUUCACGUCUCUCCUCUAAGUGCAUCCUCCUCGGGUCCCCUCAGCCCACGUGAUGUGGGGACGGCUGCAUGAAGGGUGUUUGUGGCUCUGGAGGAACCAAAUAGCUAGAAAUAACUUCUAUUUCAAUAAAGAUGAAUUAUCUUUG